GAUCAGGCUCACUGCCAAAUUUUAACGAGACCAUGACCCUUAUACAGUACAAUUUCCAUAGUUAUAAAUUAAUAAGUAAUACAAAUCUUUAAUGCCACACGGAUAUAGUAGCCCUCUCUCCCCAGCCUUGUGGCUCCUCGGUUAAACUCCAAAUCGCACUCCACAAUAAAGAAUUCGCGAACCCAUGACUAGGCAUAAAUAAAGUGCAAUUUGUCAACUUGGAUUUUGUUUUCUUCAGGAAUCUUUAGUUCAAAGGCGACAAAAUGAGUGAAUCUGAAGAUUUGAUUGCCUCUAGAGCAAAAGAAAGAGGUGCCGCCUCGUUCAACGUGAGAGACCUAACUUACUUCUUGGACAAUGGCAAGCAAAACACUGAAAGAAACGAAUCAAUCAUGUUACAAUUUGAAAGAGACCCUUUAUUCAACAUCAAAACUUUCAACUUGGACUUGAAGGGCCAAAGAGAAGUUUCAUUCCAAAGAAUUACCAAGUUGGCUGCUUACAACAACAAUGACGAUGAGCAAGGGAUCCGUGCAAGAAUGAAUAUCUUGAGUAUCUCUGAUCCUGGUACUUACACAAGAGUUGGUGUUCAUUAUGGGUUAUUUUUGCAAACUCUUAGAGCGUUAGGUACUCCACAACAAUUCCAAUAUUGGGUUUCCAAAGGUGCUGGUUCACUUUCCAAAUUUUUUGGAUGUUUUGGUAUGACUGAAUUGGCUCAUGGUUCAAAUGUUGCUGGUUUACAAACUGUUGCCAAUUUUAACCCUUCAGAUGAUACAUUCACCAUUAAUACUCCAAAUUUGGGCGCUACUAAAUGGUGGAUCGGUGGUGCUGCUCAUUCUGCUACCCAUUGUGUUGUUUACGCUAGAUUGGUUGUCAAGGGGAAAGAUUAUGGUGUUAAGAACUUUGUUGUUCAAUUGAGAAAUGACAAUGGUGAAUUAUUACCUGGUGUGGCAAUUGGUGAUAUUGGGAAGAAAAUGGGUAGAGACGGUAUUGACAAUGGUUGGAUUCAAUUCACCAAUGUAAAGAUACCAAGAUUCAAUAUGUUGAGUAAAUAUGCACAAGUUGAUUCAAGAGGUAAAGUUACUGUUCCUGAAUUUCAACAAUUGGGCUAUAGUGCAUUGGUUAUGGGUAGGGUUUCAAUGGUUGUUGACUCUUAUAAUAUUGGUAAAAAGUUUAUCACCAUUGCAUUAAGAUAUGCUACUGUUAGAAGACAAUUUGGUAAAGAUUCUGACGGGUUGGAAAAAAAAAUUAUUGAUUAUACUCAUCAUAGAAGAAGGCUAUUCCCAUUUUUAGCUACAAUUUAUGCAUUCAACUCUUCUGCAUUAGAAAUUACAAGGGUUCAAGAUGAAACUUUGAAAUUAUUGGCUGGUGGUGAUAAAAAUGUUAAAGAUGUCAUUCCAAAUUUGAAGGAUCUUUUCUCAUUAUCAGCUGGAUUAAAAGCUUUUGCAACCUGGGAAACUGCCAAAUUAAUUGAUGAAGCAAGACAAAGUUGUGGUGGUCAUGGGUAUUCAAGUUAUAAUGGGUUUGCUCAAGGUUAUAACGAUUGGGUUGUUCAAUGUACUUGGGAAGGUGAUAAUAAUGUUUUAUCCUUAAGUUGUGGUAGAGCUUUGAUUCAAAAUUAUCUUGCUGUGGAAAAAGGUGAAAGAGUUGGUGAUUUCACCAAAUAUUUGAAGGUUGAGGAUAAUGAUGACUUUGUUUUAAGAACCCAAGAUUUAGAAUAUAUUGAAAAAAUAAUCAACGCUUGGGAAAUUGUUUCAAAAAGACUUGUUCAAAGUUCUACUGCUAAAUUUAAACAAUUUAGAAAAGAAACAAACGGUGAUUUAGAAUUAGCAUUUGAAAAAGUUGCUUCAAACAGAUUCAACAUUGCCAAAAUACACACCAAAUUGGUUAUCCUCAAGACAUUCCAUCAAAGGGUUUCUCAUGCACCAGAAAACUUGAAGAGUAUUUUAUCCUUAUUAUUACAGCUUUACGCUCUUCACAUCACUUCUGAAAACAUUUCCCAAUUUUACUCUUUCAAUAUUGUCAAAGGUUCAGACUUUUUGGAAAAUUUAAAUUACAAAAUUGAUGAAAUUAAUGAAUUAUUAAGACCAAACAUUAUUGGAUUAACAGAUGCUUUCAAUUUAUCUGAUUUCAUGAUUGGUUCUCAAAUUGGUAAAAAGAAUGGUGAUAUCUAUGAAAACUAUUUCAAGUUCGUUACUGAUAACAAUACUGAAAUUAAGCCUCAUUAUUAUGAUAGUUUGAUGAAGCCAUUCUUUGAAAGAUCUUUGAAGCCAACAGAUAAUGAAGAGGUUCAAGAAAAUGAAGAAGAUGACGAAUGA